AGUGAAAUAACUUGUUACAAAAUACCAUGGACACUAAGGUGUUUGUGAAUACCUUUGAAAAUCCAGUUAAUUAUUUACAAAAGUAAUACUUGGGAGUUUUCACAGGUGGUGGAAACUGUUGAUGGAGACAGUAAUGAAGAUGAGAUUUAAAAGCUGUUUUUUCUUCCUUGUUAUGAUGUAUUCAGACAAACUCUUUGCAGAAGAUAAACCUUGUGAUUUGCCACACAUAGAAAAUGGAAAGAUUGCCCAGUACUAUUAUAAUUUCAAAAGUUACUAUUUUCCUAUGCAUAAGGAAAAAAAACUUUCUUAUUCCUGUAUGGUUGGUUAUACAACUGAAACUGGGAAUCAAGAUGGAAGAAUAACUUGUACAGCAAAAGGAUGGUCUCCAGUGCCACAGUGCUACAAAAAAUGUAACAAGCCUCUUUUGGAAAAUGGCUUUUUUUACGGUACAGAAAUGUACUUCAAAAUACAUGAGAAACUGCAAUACAAAUGUAAUCCAGGCUACCACACUCCAAGUGGUGGUACUGAAGAUACAGUACAAUGUCGGCCAGAAGGAUGGUCCUCCCAGCCAAGCUGUACUAAAAAAUUUGAGUUGUGUCAAGUACCCAAUUUACAACACGGCAGCUACUUCACAGCCCAACGAGAGCUUCGAUUGAAUGAAACGCUGCUAUACAAAUGUGAUGAGGGAUAUUAUACUGCAGGAGGAAACACUACAGAAGAAGCAGUGUGUCUAACACACGGGUGGUCCCUUACUCCAAACUGCACUAAAAUAUCUUGCUCCUCUUUGAGAGCAAUAGCACAUGGAGGUUUCUAUCCUGUGAAGAAAAUCUAUGAAGAGGGAGAUGUAGUUCACUUUUUCUGUGAGGAAAAUUAUUCUGUCAGUGAAUUUGACCUAAUUCAAUGUUACUAUUUCGGAUGGCAUCCAGACCCUCCAGUGUGUGAAGAUGUAAAAAAUAAGUGUCCUCCACCACCGCUUCCUCCUCAUGCCCAUGUCAUCACAGUUAGAAGAACAUAUCGUAAUGGAGACAAAAUUCGUAUACAGUGUCAAAGGACCUUUGAAAUAAGAGGACCUGAGGAAAUUCAGUGUGAAAAAGGAAAAUGGACAUCACCCCCUAUUUGUAUUGGAACUAUGGAUAAACGGGAAUCUGAAGCACCACCAACACUCGAGGAAGAUGCAGCAAUAAGGGCAAGCAAAACAUACCACAAUAAAGAUAUGAAAAUGCAGCAAGACUGUACCUCUCCACCUGUGAUUAAAAAUGGUGUUGUUCUUGGUCCGUUAUUGACAAGUUACAAAAAUGGUUCCUCAGUAGAAUAUGGUUGUCAGCGUUACCAUCUUUUGGAUGGACCUAGUACUGUUUACUGCGAACAAGGAAACUGGACCGAAAAACCAACUUGCUUAGAACCAUGCACUCUUAAUGUAGCUGAUAUGAACAGCAACAACAUAGAGUUGAAAUGGAGACAGGAAGAAUUAGUUUUCCUACAUGGUGAUCUCAUAGAAUUUGAAUGUAAACAGGGAUACAAUUUUCUCCAGACUACCAUUCCAUCUCCUGGGAGGACACAGUGUAACUACGGCAGACUGAAAUAUCCGAAAUGCAUUAUGCAAGCGCCUACAGAAAAAUGUGACUCUCCACCUUCUAUUGCAAAUGGAGCUCUUACUCUUCCACCCCUGAUCCAAUAUGACAGUGGUUCUUCAGUUCAGUAUAGUUGCUCUGACUAUCAUUUUUUGCAAGGAUCUGAGAGAAUCUACUGUUCUGAAGGACAGUGGACUUCACCACCAGUUUGUAUAGAGCCUUGUACUUUGUCAAAAAAUGAAAUGGAGAAAAAUAAUGUGCUGCUGCAAGGGUUCUAUGAGAAUCAAGUUUACUUUUACCAUGGGGAUUAUGUUGGAUUUUACUGUAAGCAGAACCAUUUUGGAGCAGAAUCUGGUACAACUUUAUUUCAAGUGCAGUGUAAGAGAGGACAGCUGAUGUAUCCAAGAUGUGUUGAAAGAGAAAACUUGGAAAUGACACUGCUGAGCCACACUGUAGUGUUUCUGCUGUGGAUAGGCUGUACUAUAUGUAAAGCUUCUGCAGGAGCAGCCUGUGAAGACCCAGCUCUCAUUGACUUUGGAGAAAUCGUUAGCGGGCAUAAAUCAGGAUAUAAGGAAAAUGACAGAGUGCAGUACAUGUGCAACCCUGGAUACACUUUAUCAGGAUCAGAAUGGGUAACAUGCCAUGAAAAAAUCUGGGUACCUGGACCGCCACAAUGUUUGGCACCAUGUACCAUUACAAAACAGCAACUGGAAGCCCAAAAUCUACUUCUCUCCAAUGGACAAAGACGCACAUUUUUGAUUCAAAGUGGUCAGUGGCAGAGAUUUAUGUGCAUGACAGGAUUUAAACUCACAGCCUCUCCUAUCAAGCAGUGUUUUAAUGGGCUUAUCAAGCUUCCUUCAUGUAUUGCUGAUGUGACGUGCGAACCUCCUCCAGAAAUUGCUGGUGGCAAAGUUCAAGGUGUUAAAAAGUCAAGGUAUUUGCCUGGGGAGAGUGCUCGCUAUCAGUGCUGGCAAGGUUUUCAGAUGACUGGGGCUUCCACCGUAGCGUGUCAGAAUGGGACCUGGACAGAGCUGCCAAGGUGCAAAGGGAAAGGUGGGAAAUGUGGCCCGCCUCCAGUUAUCGAAAAUGGAGACCUUCUUUCCUUCCCCAUGCAAGAAUAUUCACAAGGUGCAAUUCUGGAAUACAAAUGCCCAAGCCUCUAUGUCCUGGAAGGAUCUCAGUAUAUCACCUGUACUGAUGGGCAGUGGACAAGCCCCCCAGUUUGCCUAGUGGCCUGUACAGCAUCUGAAGACGACAUGGGCAGAAACAACAUUGAGCUCAAAUGGGUCGCAAGAAGAAAGCUGUAUUCCAGAUCGGGUGACUUUAUUGAAUUUCGGUGUAGAAGAGGGUAUUUGGAAGACCCGGCAUCUUCCCCCUUCAGAGCACAGUGUAUGGAGGGGACGUUAGAAUAUCCACGGUGCAAGCCAGGAAAGAACUGUACGGUGCAUGAGAGGAUUAUGGAAGGGAACAAUAUUCAACUGCAGUCAUCCAGCUGGUCGAGCACUUCCACCUAUCGCUCUGGGGAUUAUAUUUUCUUUGAAUGCAGACGGUGGUACCGACAAGUUUCACGCCCUGAGAAAUUUAGAGCACAGUGCCUGGAUGGAGAGAUUAACUAUCCUACAUGUGAAUGGAUAUUUGGAUAAAUGGAAAUGGCAUGAAGGAGCCCGGCUGUGGACAUGAGAGACCUCUCAACCAACCCAGUGAUUUGAGCUCAAUUUUUCCUCGCGUUUCCCAUUUUGUUGUGCUUUUUUUGCAGCUGAGGCAAUGUUCUGUCUUGGAAUUUGUUACUGUUUUUCUUUGUUGUUAUUGGAUGAUUGUGUUUACAUUUUAUCCACAUUUUAUCCAUUUUUUGUAAAUGUAUUUACAUUUUGUAAAUGUGUUUACAUUUUAGCCCUUCGAUGUUGAUCUCACUGUUACUCUUACUAACAAUUGUGUCCUGAAAUAGGCUGGCUUUGGUGGCAUACUGAGACAAAAAUUAAAGCCCACAGGUAAUUUGA